GCUGAUGUGGCAUAUACUUCAGUUAUUGAUAGAGAGGCCCCACGAAAGACGGGACCGUGGAAGAAUCCAAUAAAGUCAUCAAGUAGCGUGCGUUACAUUGUUUCUUUCAACAGUUACAGGAGAACGGCGCAGAUCGGGAAGAGCGUUCAGAUCCGAUCGGGAAAACUCUACCGCCACCGUUGACCGCUCAGAUGGCUGAAGACAUGAUAAGAGGGAUAGCGGGGAUGUUUAGGGGAAGUCAGCGUCGGAAAAUUCCCAAGUCGAUUAAGAGCUUACUGGCUUCAAAAACAGCUGAAUCCACGAAAAAAUCAUUACGGAAACCGGGGUUAGAUGUCGUUCAGGAAUCGCCAGAUUCCGCGGAAAGGUUGGUGCUUCUUCUGAUUGAGUUGUUGAUUCUUCUGGAGUUUUUUGUUGAAUUUAUUGAUCCGUGGGAUAUUGAGAGAUUAUCCUCUGAGAUAAAUGGGUUAUUGUCGAAGCUUGAGAACCGUGUGCUGAGCUCUCCUGAGCUGCUUCAAGCAAAAGAUCUAAUUUACGACACAGAGGAUUUGAUCGAUGAUAUGACAUACUGCUGUCAGGAGUUUCAACGGUUUGGCCGGAAGGAAAAUUGGAUGAAAGCUACUUCUUGCAAGGGAGACAUCCUUCAGUUGGAGUUGAGGAAUUUGAUAGUGAAGAUUCAGAACUCUAACGGCCUGGGCUCGGAUGACGUGUGUUUCACCCAACCUAAGGAUUCUGCGGUCCAUCGAGAUGAUCUCCCCCCUCUGGUUGCAGAAAAAAAUUUAAUUGAGUUGGAAGAUGUUUUGGAACACGAAGCGAAUUCCAUAGUGGGAAUGGAAGAUUCCAAGGAAGAAGUGAUUACUUGUUUGUUAGUUACGGAAGAAGAAUUCAGGAUUAUAAGUAUUUGUGGAAUGGGUGGUCUCGGUAAGACUACCCUGGCUCAAAGAGUUUAUGAAGACCAGUGUGUACGCAAAAGCUUCGACUGCCUUGGCUGGGCGCGGGUAGGAGAGAACUUCAGCACGAGAAAGGUGCUGGAAGAUAUACUGACCUCUGUUACAUGCCACAAAUGGGAAGAUAUGGUAGCUUAUACUGCUUUGGAGUUGGCAGAAAAACUCUACAAUUUCUUGAAACAAAAGAGGUAUCUAAUUGUAUUAGAUGAUAUCUGGGGUAUGGAUGCUUGGGAUUGUCUCAGCCUUAGUUUCCCCACAUCGGACAAAACGGGCAGCAGGCUGCUGCUAACCACUCGUAGCACUGAAAUUGCAAGCAAGAUCUCAACAUCGCUCAAAGGCUUUGUUCACCGCAUGAGGUGUUUAACUCAGCAAGAAAGUUGGGACCUACUCUUGAAGACAGCAUUCAGAGCUCAAAAACCAGAUCCUAAGGAUGUUUCUGAACUGAAUGAGGUUGGUAAGGAAAUAAUUCAAGCUUGCUCAGGUGUACCACUGAUGGUCAAGUUGGUAGGGGGGUUAUUGAUUUCGAAGACAAAAGCACAACAAUGGAAGAUGGUUUGCGAGAAUAUUGUUUUAUCUCUAAAGAUGGAUCAAGAUUAUGAUGGCAUUAAAGGAGUAACAAGUAUUUUGAAAUUAUCUUUCGACUCUUUACCAUGUUAUCUUAAACCAUGCUUCCUCUAUGUAGCUGCCAUGUUUCCGAAGGGUGCCAAUGUAGAGGCAGAGUCAUUAUAUCGGAUGUGGUUGGCAGAAGGCUAUGUGGUACCCGCUACGGAUCCAUCUGGAAAAAUAUCAUCCAUGGACAUUGCGGAGUGGUAUUUGUACGAAUUACAUAUUAGAAACUUGGUUUCAGUGCAUAAACCAGAAAUUCGUUAUGCAAUGCGUUUUGAAUCCUUCCAACUCCACGACCUGUUGCAUGACCUAUGUCUUCUAAAGGGGAGGGAGAACAACUUUUGUGUUGACAAACACUUUGGACGUGCAAAUGAUGAGAAAUUAAGUUCAUGUUCUUCUCCUGAUUCAACUCAUAGAAUAAUCAGACUUGCUUUGUACUUUGAGGAUGGUGCUUCUGUUCCUUCGAAAGGGAAGAGGACAAAGAAACUCGAAUCCCCGGAAGAGAAUCAGCAAGAAUCUAUACCGUUACGCAAGCUAUCUGAUUUGUGGGAUGUCUCGCAGCUUAAAGGGCUAUAUCUACGUGCUUCCAAGAGUAGAUGGAUACCAUCUUCUGUCAAUCUUAGGAAUUGGUCGACUUCAGUGGAUUUUCUUUUGAAAAGACGAGAUCCUGAUGACUUGAGAAGACUUGAUCUUGGUGACAUGAAAAGACUUGAUCUUGAUGAUGUGAAAAGACUUAGGCUGAUAGAUUGUGAUGGGUUCAAUCUUGAUGUGAUGGGAUUGAUCCCUACAAUGGAAAAGCUGAGUAAGCUGAGAUACCUGAGCUUGAGAAACUGUUUCAUAGAAAGGUUUCCUUCAAGUAUCAGCAACUUGUCAAACUUGCAAACACUUCGUCUACCUGAAUGUACUAAAAGUAGGAUGCUUAUACCCAAUGAGAUACAAUGUUUGAGUUCCUUGAGGUUUCUUAUUCUGCCACAUCGCUUUGAGGUCCAGGGGGGUGGAAAAUUGCACCUAUACAAGUUAAUAAACCUGGAGGAGCUUGUAAAUUUUGAUUCAACAGUUUGUGAAGUAAAAGAACUCCGGGUACUGACGAAGCUCAAAAGAUUGGUCGCAAUACUUGAGGGAAAUUCAGAGGUCCUCCAAGAGAUAAAUAGAAGUGCAAUAAGAAAUAGCUUUCUCGUUUCAUCUUUAGUGGUCAAAAUGUCUGAUGACUCGAACAAAAACCUUUCUAUUAUCGAAGAUCUUUGCAGGUUCCCAAACCUUAGCAUCUUAUGCCUUGAAGGAAUUUACAGGUCGUUACCCUGGCCAAUUUUUCAUGACCUCAAUAAGCUUUCUUUCAGUGGUUCUGACCUUGAUGAAGAUCCCAUGGAAAAGUUGGGAAAGCUCCCUAACUUGCAGGUCCUCGAAUUAUGCAACAAUGCUGUUGCUGCAAAAUACAUGAACUGUUCAGCAUCGGGAAUGCCUCAUCUAAGACAUCUUACUCUCUCGAACUUGGAAAACUUGGAAAAGGUUUCAGUUGCUCAGGGAGGGAUGCCUGAACUUUCCACUUUGACACUCCAAAGAUGCAAGAGGCUGAAAGAUCCACCAGAGGGAUUGAUUUUCCUGACAAGUCUACAGGAGCUGAAUGUUUUAUACAUGCCUCCAGCAUUCGUAGACAGGCUGAACAAGAUAGGAGAAGAAUGUUUACCACGAGUCAAGCAUGCGUAUUUCGUCAAAACCAAUCAACUGUUUUGAUUGCCUAUAUCCAUCCAGUGUGUAUGCCACACUGGUUCAUCCGCAUGCUUUUUAUGCGUUCCUGCAAGAAGGCCUCUUAGUAGAUAAAGAUGUCUCAGCAAUGCAGUUGGUCGUAAAAGGCAGAAUGAGAGCUCCAAUGAUUGAUGUGGGUGCUGGAGGUCUAUUCGCCUUAACCGAGCAAAGGUAUUUGGUAUGAACUUAUUUAUGUUAAUUGACAUUGUUGCCUCCUCGUGCAACUUGUCUCGAUGUGACAAUUGCCAUGAUAGUUAACCUCCGUUUGUUGUGGUCUUGGACUCUCCCAUACAAUUUACAAAGAAGGAUGGGAAAAGGGUGGUUGAAGAGUCAAACUGGAAGAUGAGAAGGGAUCCCAUCUGCAAAGACUUUAGGCAUCUUUUUUCUCUACUACAAUUAAAUAUAGUAGACGAGGUUUUAGAGGAAGUAUAAAAAUAGUGGAAGAGAAUUAGAGGAAUUAUAAGUUACUCCCUCUAUCCACUUCUACCAUACAAUGAAGUUGACUAUAAAAUGGGAUAGGAGACUAAUAAUCAACCGUAUGAAGUCUUGCAAAGUGUUCCUGCAUCAUAGUCCUGCCAAUAAUAAUGUACAAAAAGAAGUUUCUAUAACAAGUUUUAUGUUUUUUAGUUUGUUGAAGCUUAAAACUUCAGUGCUUUCCUAUUUCUGAACAGGUAUAUUUUGAUACAAAACCUUGAUCUUACAGAUUGGUAAGUAGAUACCAUUUGUGUAAUGGUGUGGCUGUAGAAGGGUGGACAAAGGAUUUGAGCUUAAAUACUGGUCUAGCAGAAAUGGUUUCCACUGAGGAAAUAAGUGAUAAAUUUGAAUAAUGGCUUUGGCAAGUUCUCCUUUACAAAUUUUGUGCUCUUUACUUCGUACUCUUUUUUUUGGGGGAACUCAGUGUUAUAGAUUGCAAAUUGUUUAGAGAAUUUAUUUUUAUUGGGGUUUCUUGAGGUUUUCUUUGCGUGAAGUACGGCUGGAAAAGAGAAUUUGUACCUGUGAUGGGUGCUUAUUUAUAUUAUUACCUUAACUUCUAUAUUUAAAUUUAUUGAAGUAAACUUCCAUGAGUUUACACUCAGCAUCCUUUAAGGAGCGAUCUUACCAAUUUGUGUGAUGGCUCAUGUUGUUCUGUCUUUUGGAUCUAAUUAAAGAUUUUGAUAGCUUAGUGUACCUGUAAUAAAUGAUCUUACCAAUUUGUGUGAUGGCUCAUGUUGGUCUGUCUUUUGGAUCUAAUUAAAGAUUUUGAUAGCUUAGUGUACCUGUAAUAAAUUACCUCAUCCGCCUCAUUUUUAGUACUAUAAUAAAUAUGUAAAUUAAAGUGGAUUAUUGAAAUGAGACAAAAGGGUACAUUUUUGCGCAGCUAUGGUUAAUUCACGUGUUGGUAAUUACAUUGUUAUCCCUUUUGUUAUUGACAGAUAGACACUAAACUCAUGCGCAGUGGCGAGAGGAACACCAAGACACAAAAUCAACUGCGACAAGAGGUUGAGGAGAGCGGGACAUAUUUUCUUGAACACAUUUUGUAGUCUGUUAUUCAAAGUGGAAUAGGUAAUGUAUUUGUGAGCUACUGUCUCUAUCCUGAAGAAUUAUCUUAUUUGGUGUAAAGACAUAGUGUGAGAAACAGUACUUUCAUUUUUGGGCAAAUUGAGGAUUUUUAAUGUUUCUUAGAAUGUGGUACCUUUAUCUAUAUAAGCUGUAGUUUGAACAUCAUACAGUUCUUGUUUCAUGUGUAUUGCAUAUACGGGCAAUUGAGCUGGAACACCCUGAAAAGUGUUCAAACUGUGCCUAACAUUGGCUGAAAGGCCAACAAUUUCUGUAAUGUCAAUGCAGAUAAUUGGACAAGUUACGAGUUACUGUAAUCAUGUUGAUAACAGAGAGUUAUGGGUUAACCUUUCUACAAAACCAAUCCGAC